AAUCUGGUAUAUCUAAAUUGGUCAGCGUCGGUCACUCUUUGCUCAAGAGAAAAGAUUUGUAGGAAAUAUAAAUAACUUUUCGGCAAUAAACAAGACGAAUUGAGGGCUGAAUUUAAACGAGGAGAUAAAAAUAUGGAUCGCAAUAACGGACGUUACCCGUACAAUAUAAGGCGACAAAAUAGUGGCCACAAUCCAUCGCACAGCUAUCAUCAUCACCACAAUAACAACUCCGCGGCGGGGGCGUCAAGUUCCCCAGGAUAUAACAACCACAAUGCCGGAAACACUCCGUCAGUCGGAGUUCACAACAGCAACUCGAUCUAUUCAAGCGCCACCGGGCAGCAACAACAAAGCUUGCCGAUCUCGCAACAUGACGAGCUGAUCCGAUACAUCCGGGAGGCAUGGAACAAGGUCUAUGAACAGGGUCCUCCUGUGAUCUACUGCAACGAAUCCGAUAAUCAGCUGAAAAACUUUAAGCCAUUCGAUUUGGAGGAGUAUUGGGGCCAACGACUGGUGCAGAACAUUCACGUGACAACCACGCAGGCUGCUGGACACCAGUAGAAGCGAGAAUCUUACAGCGGACAACGGCAUGUGCUUCAUGUGGUAACAAUUAAUUAAAUUGUAUUUUUUAAAGGGUGCCAGCUCCCUCGAUUAUUGACUAAUUUCCAUGCGAUUGGAAUUUACAUUUAUGUUUGUUUGUAAACUGCUUUGGACCAUUAUGUGUGUAAAAAUUUAUUAAAUCCACUGCCAGCUGAAAGGCAAAAAGAGAUGUAUUCAAUAAAGCGAAGAUUGGCUAACAAUUUCCCCAAGGCACCCUUAAUCUAGCAUGCUAUCUGCAUUUAAGUGUUGUGCAUUAAGCGCGCUUAAAAUUUGACCAGAAAAAUAAUAAACGAUCUAGAGCGUAGACAACUUGA